AUGCCUCGUCGCGGUCGCUCCCAGGACGACCUAGAAUCGAAGCUGCCAAAGCGCGCUCGCCUUGACCUGUCCUAUGCAGAUGAUGAGGACGAAGACAGAAUCGAACCCGCGCCCCCCCGCGCGAAGCGCGGGCGACAAAGUCGUCAACUGCCACAGAAUGAGGACGAGGAUGACAUCAAGAGCGUUUCUCAGCAGGGAAAUGCCACUUCAUAUGCAUACGGAAGCCGUCCCUCUACGCAGCGAGGCGGCGCGAGGGUGGUUCCGUCUGAUGGCGAGGGUGACGAAGGGACAGAUGCUGAUGAUGGUAAUGACGAUGACGAAGAGGACGAAGAAACUGUUCAGCAGCAGAUUCGUUUAAGCACAGAGAAAGGAUUUGCGCACUCGGGCAUCUUACAUUCGGUUCGUCUUGACAGGUUUAUGAGCCAUACUUGCUUUGAAUAUAUGUUGGGACCUAAUAUGAACAUCAUCAAUGGGAAAAACGGUUCGGGCAAGAGUGCCAUCGUUGCUGCGCUGCAAGUUGGUCUCAAUGGGAAAGUGGGCAUCACGGAGAGGGCAAAGAAAUUGGAAGAGCUUAUCAAGCACGGUGAGGAUAGCGCAAUCAUCACCAUCAAGCUCCUCAACCGCAAGCCACCACAGACUGAAAACGGUGUCGUUGAAGCAGACCUCACGUACAAGCAUGAUGUCUACGGUGAUAUCAUCACCAUUGAACGCCGUAUCACAAAGGGUACCUCCCCGAACUCGUUUGCGGUGAAGGCCAAGAAUAAGCAUGUCAAGCUUGAAGAGGGUGUCACGACCAAGCAAGAAGUCCAGAACAUCUGUGACCACUUCGGAAUCAUGGUAGAAAAUCCAGUCGCCAUCCUCACGCAAACCAAGAGCAAGGAGUUUCUUGCGAAGGGCAAGCCUGAGCAGCAUUUCAAACUAUUCCAGAAAGCGACAUUGCUUGGUCCACUUCAAGAUGAGCUCAUGAACACCAAAAUUAUCACCAAACAAGUGGACAGCAUGCUGAAGAGUAACGUGGAAAAGGCUCCUGAAGCGGAAGAGAAGGUGCGCAAGAAGGAGGAGGCCCACCAGCAAGCUCAAGAGAUGAUGAAUAUUGAUCAAAUAAUCCGCCAAGCUGAAUCAGCAUUCGCAUGGACAUUGCUGCAGGAAGAAGAAAUCAAGCUGCACAAGUAUGAGACUAAAACUGCUCAAGAGUUCGAACCUGAGGCGGAAGCUGCACGCGUGGCUCUCGAAAAAUUGCAAACUAAGCUUGAUGGCCUUAAAAAUGAACAGAUAGAACACAACGAAAAGCUACAGGAGGCGACGGAACGAUCAUCGCAUCUGUCAGUUUCAUGUCGCGAUUUCAAGAGAAAGGCCCAGACUAUUAAGUUCGAUAUAGAGCGUCAACGACGAAGAAUCCAAGAGUUUGAGGCUGACAGGGAUAAAUACCGACGAGAUAUCAGCAAUGCGAACACCCGGAUGGAGUCUGCCCGUGAGAAGCACUUUGCCGGACAGGAGCAAAAGUCUCGCAUUGUGCAUGAAAUAAAACAAAUAGAAGCAACAAUAAGUGGUCUGCAGGAAAAGAUCGAUUCAAGCCGAAAGCAGGAAUCGUCCCUACAAGCAGACAGAUUGCCACUCGAGGAUGACAUUCGUCGCUUGAAAGGCGAAGGCAACUCACUGACGGCGGAAUUUGAAGGAAAGCGAAGGCAGCACAUGCAGAUUGCUUCCCUUGCGCGGAACAAAGAUGACCUGGCGAGGUUCGGAGAUGGGAUGUCACAUAUAUGCGACCAGAUCUCACGCAAUCAACGUAGGUUUCACCGGGUUCCAAUCGGACCGAUUGGCCAGUUUGUGAAUAUACAGGAUGAGUCUUGGGCGGCUGCUGUAGAAAUUGCUAUUGGCUUCAACAGUCUCCGAGGCUUUAUCGUCAUGGAUUCCCAUGAUGCCAAGGUCCUAGAAGGGCUUCUCCCUAGAGGUGGACACAGACCCAGCAUUACCAUCGCGGAUGUAGGACGGGAUCGCUAUGCUGUUGGUCGAGAAGACAUGCCAGACGUGUCAUCUUACGGUCACAAAACGAUUCUUGAAACUGUGGAAAUUCGACACAACGCUGUUUUCAACCUUCUCCUCGACCAGAGCCACAUUGAACGUCAAGUGCUCAGUGCGACGGAAGAUGAUGUUACCCAGCUGGGAUGGAGUCGUAUCCCAAAUAUGAAGAUGGUCUGGAACAAGCGAUGCGACAGGGCUUACUCAAGAAAUGGUUCAAACGUAUUUCGCAACGGGCAUCGCCCAAUUGCAAGGAUUCUCACAAAGGAUAUGAGGCCAUAUUUAAAGAGCUUGGACGAGGAAUUGAACAACCUUAAACGAGAGCUGAGUACUCACAAGGCAUCAGUGCAGGACGCAGAAGUCAGACUGCGUGAUCUUGACUCUUCUGUGCGCAGCGUACGUUUGGAAAUUGAUCGCUGCGAAAAGCAGAUAGCCGAUCUCAGUCGGAGAAGGACUACCCUUGAGGACCAAUUGAGCCAAGCUGAAAACGCAUUCGAUCCUACGCCCUUUGAGCAAGAGAUCUCCGGGUACGAAGCUCAGAUGCAGGAGAGUGAAGCAAGUCGUUCUCGAGCGUUAUCGGAAAUUGUUGCACUAGAGGACGCGCAUGUCAAGGCUUCGGAUGAAGCCAGCGAAGCUUCAAAAGCAUUGCGCCAAGCGAACGAAACCACACAAGAAGCAAGCAGCAAGCUGGAGGUCGUUCAUGAUCAAAUGGCCCGAGUGAAAUCUAAAAGCCGUCAGCGCCGCACAGAGCACAUCCAGGCUCAAGACAAAGUCUCUAGGGCCCACCAAGAGAUCGAUUCUCAGAAGGGCAAGGUGGCCGAAACCAUGGUACAGGCGCGAAAUACUGGGGAUUGCCCUGAGAAUAUCGACCCAAGUGUCAAAUCGUCUAGCGCAUGGGGUCGAUAUCUCACAACCCAGAAACGAAGAUUGGAAACAGAACAAGAGCGACGCGGAGGGCGCACAGCGGGUGAAAUAGAACUUGACUACCUUGAGUCAAAGAAGAAGCACGAUGAAAACGUCCAGUUCCGCGAACGAGUGAAAUACUAUGUCAAGAUGCUCAAACGUGGCACGAACUACAGAGAAGAUCUUCUUAUCAAACUUCACAGCAGUCUGAAGAAAAUGGUCAAAGCCAACUUCAGGAGGUUCUUGAGUACCCGUGGGCACUCGGGAUCAAUUUCAUUUGGGAAGUCGACGGGAGGUGUUCCAACACUGCGGUUAAGCACGGAGAUGGGUACGCAUCAAAAAGUAGAUGGAGAGAGACAUCGCACUGAUGACCUACGUACGCUAAGCGGUGGAGAGAAGAGCUACACAACUCUUUGCUUUAUCCUGGCGUUGGCAGAGAUAUGUCAAACUCCUAUUCGCGUCAUGGAUGAAAUCGAUGUGUUUCAGGAUGAGGCUAGUCGGCACGCUUCAUUUACAACGAUCACACAGUUUUGCACACAAUACCUCUCAAAUCGGCAGAUCAUUAUUAUCACUCCACUGGCGCUGCCGAAUUUCACAUCGAAUGAAUCUGUCCGUGUUGUGAGGCUCCCCGAUCCUCUACGACAAGAAGGCAGAGGGCGCCAGACGAUCAUGGACACCUUCAUGGGGGAAUCCAACGAGUAGGCUGUGUAAGUUGUGUAUUAAUUUUAGAGCUGCGGCGUUGCCAUAAAAGCUCAACAAGGUUUGCCACUU